AUGCUCUGGGCAAAGCUCGUUUCAUGUAUCAUACUAUCUGGCACGGCGGAGGCAGUUGGCAGGAGCAUAGCACAUGCGGGAAAACGCCAUGUCGAACAUGAUGCGAAUAGAGCAAAGCCCGUCAGUUCCGAAACUGAAUAUCACAGUCGACUUCUUGACCGAGAAAAGAAGGGCCACAAGUUUCUGACGGAAAAGACCACAAAAUUCGCUGUUGACGGAAAGGAGAUCCCGGAUGUCGACUUCGACGUUGGCGAGUCUUAUUCGGGGCUACUGCCUAUUAGCAGCGAUCCUAACGACGAGAAUUAUUUGUUCUUCUGGUUCUUUCCGUCAACGAACGCGGCGGCAGAGAAAGAGAUUGUCAUCUGGUUGAACGGUGGCCCCGGGUGUUCGGCCUUUGAAGGCCUGCUUCAGGAGAACGGGCCUUUCCUGUGGCAGUAUGGCACUUACAAGCCGGUCAAAAACCCCUGGAGCUGGCACACCUUGACCAACAUCGUCUAUGUCGAACAACCUGUCGGCACGGGCUUUACAACGGGCACACCAACCAUCACGAACGAGGAGGAGCUUGCCGCCCAAUUCAUGGGGUUCUGGAAGAAUUUUAUUGACACCUUUGACAUGCAUGGCUACAAGGUGUACAUCACUGGAGAAUCCUAUGCUGGCUACUACUGCCCCUAUAUCGCCAACGCCAUGCUCGACGCCGAGGACAAGACGUAUUUCGACAUGUCCGGCAUGACCAUCUACAACCCCAGCCUAACGUAUGACGAGAUCCAAGAGCCGAUUCCCGUAGUCCAGUUCACCGAGUACUGGCCUGGCCUCUUCCCCUUCAACGACACCUUCCGCGCCGAUAUCAAGCGUCGCGAGAAGCAGUGCGGUUACGCCGACUACCUGGCCGAGUACCUGGUCUACCCGCCCAAGGGCCCUCUUCCAAGCCGUCUGCCAGGCACCCACAAGAACGGCACGACCCGCGACGAGUGCUGGAACAUCUACUGGGACAUAUUCGACGCCAUCAUGCUCCUCAACCCGUGCUUCGACAUUUACCAAGUAGCCACGACCUGCCCCUUGCUCUGGGACGUCCUCGGCUUCCCGGGUUCCAUGCCCUACCUGCCCGAGGGCGCGAGCAUCUACUUCGACCGGCUCGACGUGAAGCGCGCAAUCCACGCGCCCGAGAACAUCACCUGGGAGGAGUGCUCUUCCGACCCGGUCUUCGUCAACGAUACCGACACGUCCCUCCCCUCGAGCCUCUCGGUCCUCCCGCGCGUCAUCGACGCGACGCAAAACGUCAUCAUCGGGCACAGCGCGCUCGACAUGAUCCUCCUGGCCAACGGCACGCUGCUGGCGAUCCAGAACAUGACGUGGGGUGGCAAGCGCGGCUUCCAGCACCGGCCGGACCAGCCGUUCUACGUCCCGCACAACAACAUGACAACGCUCUCGACGCUGGCGGCGGCCGGCGUGUUUGGGAGUCUGCUGUCGGAGCGCGGGCUGACGUACGUGGGCAUAGAUCUGGCGGGGCAUAUGGUUCCUCAGUACGCGCCGUCGGCGGCAUACCGGCAUGUCGAGUACAUGCUGGGCAGGGUGGAUUGCAUGAACUGCACCAAACCCUUCACGACUGACACGGGCACGCCGCAGCCGCAGGGUCCGUUGGGCAAGGGGACGGCGCCGCAGGGGUGGAGUAAUCGAAGAAGGGAGAACCGUGGAGGCCGAGGAAGUAGCUAGGAUGCAGAUACAAGGACAGCACAGGGACUGUACACAAGACAGUAAGGAACAAGCUGCAAAUUGAAGGCCAAUGACGACUGUGAGCCCCAGUACAUACUUGUCCAUCUCUCCUCCGCUUUUUCCUUCCUCAGGCCCUGGCCAAGACCAGGCCCCAAAAGCCACCACUAUCAUACACACAAAGCACAAAGAGUGGAACCAGGCAAAAGCCUUCCUCUUCCAGGCCUUCCAGGUAGUUUUGUUUUCCGCCCUCCCGCCCUUUGGUGGUCAUGAGCGUAACCCCUUCGUAAAACAUCCGAUGAUAUCA